AUGGACAGAGGAAACAAGUUCAGUUGCGACUGCCGCCUUGACUGGGUGUACACGCUCUAUCUCAAGACCACGCAGGGCCACAUCCGCAACUCCUUGGAGGAGUUGCAGUGCACAGUAUACGCCGAGGCGGUGGCCGUCACGACGGAAGUUAAGGAGUUCCCGGUGUGCCCCAACUCGGAGCGGACGGUAGAAAGUUUGCCAUGUCCUCCGGAGUACAGGCCUACUCCGAUCACUGUCAAGCAGGGUACUCCAGUCGGUACUGCGGUUUUGGCCAAUGGCAGUGCCGCCAGGUGUGGAGUUGGCGCUGUGCUGGCAGUUCUUGUUCUGUGUUUCAUGUAA